ACUCACUCCUAAAUGCCUAAAACACACACUGGUCACGACUUUUACGCCAUGUUUGCUUGCAGAAGGCCCGGUCUCACUUUUCACAUUAGCGUUUAAUCAUUUCUUCUCCAAAAGCUGCUUUUUGAUCGAUCUCUCAGUUUAAGGUAACUUGUAAUCUUGGAGCAAGAUCAAAUUCACAAUGGAAGGACAAAUAGGAGACUUGGAAGUAGAGAAACAUGUUCAAUACAUUUUAUCAGUUGAAAAGAGGAAGGACAAUUUUGAAUCAGUGGUGAUGGAACAUCUAAGAAUGAAUGGGGCAUACUGGGGACUGACUACUCUAGAUCUUCUAGGAAAGCUGGACAUGGUUGAUGAAGAUGAAAUCAUUUCGUGGGUAAUGGAGUGCCAACAUGAAUCUGGUGGUUUUGGGGGUAAUGUUGGACAUGAUCCACAUAUAUUGUAUACUCUCAGUGCAGUACAAGUUUUAGCUCUUUUUGACAAGCUAAAUGUUCUUGAUAUUGAUAAGGUCUCAAAUUAUAUUGCGGGGCUGCAGAAUGAAGAUGGGUCAUUUUCAGGUGACAUGUGGGGCGAAAUUGAUACGCGGUUCUCUUAUAUUGCAAUCUGUUCUCUUUCUCUGUUACAACGUUUGGAUAAAAUUAAUGUUGAGAAGGCAGUGAACUACAUUGUGAGUUGCAAAAAUCUCGAUGGUGGAUUUGGAUGUACACCUGGUGCGGAGUCCCAUGCAGGGCAAAUAUUCUGUUGUGUGAGUGCUCUUGCUUUGACGGGUUCUUUGCAUCAUGUCAACAAGGACCUCCUUGGGUGGUGGUUAUGUGAACGACAAGUUAAAUCUGGAGCACUAAAUGGUCGUCCAGAGAAGCUUCCUGAUGUCUGUUACUCAUGGUGGGUGCUAUCAAGCCUGAUCAUGAUUGACAGAGCUCAUUGGAUUGACAAGGAAAAGCUCAUUAAAUUCAUCUUAGAUUGUCAGGAUAAGGAAAAUGGAGGAAUUUCAGAUAGGCCUGAUGAUGCUGUUGAUGUCUUCCAUACAUACUUUGGAGUCGCUGGACUUGCACAUCUUGAAUAUCCGGGACUGAAAGCUGUAGAUCCAGCUUAUGCUUUGCCAGUUGAUGUGGUGAAUAGGAUUUUCUUCAGCAGAUAAUAUGAGUUAAUAUACGUCCCAUUUUUUAGCAGUGGUAAACCUUCAAACUUCUGCUUUUUAUAUUUUAGGAAGGUAAAUUAUUCAUGUUACCAAAAUAAAACUCACUUGGUUCUUCAGAUAUGAAGUUAUCAUUGUCACAUUAGUUGUUCCCUAACUAGUAUUGAUUAAUAUCUUUUACCUUUUUAAUGGAGGUAUAAGUUUCUUCA